UAAGAGUGCACGAAAAUCGAAAAUAUUAAUGAACCAUGUCAAAAGUCAAUAACGAAGUGAAGAUAAGACAAAUUGUCGUUCAAUUUAUUAUAUUGGCAAAUAGUAUUAUCGAUCGGCGUCUACUAUAGCGGAAACCAGAGUAAUGGCAACAAAUCAUCCUGAUGAAACUUCCGAUGGAAAUAUUGAAAAAGAGAAUCUUAAAAAGUCUGUUGAAGUAUCAGACCCAAUAUCUAUCCCACCAGAAGAUGAUGCACAGAAAGGAGCUGAAGGUGCUGCCAUCAAUAAUCCAGUAGAAAAAACUGAGGGUGAUAAUAAUAGUGACACAAGCUCAUGGGACAGCGGACCAUUGACAACAUCACUAAAACGCUACCAUCCUCUCCCACGUGGAAGCACAUUUGAAGAUGAUCAGCAGCUUUCUGUUUCUGAAAGCCCAAACAAAAAUGUUAAACCAAUUGGCAUCAAAAGGUUACAAGAACAGCUGUCAUACAAUGAGUCCACUGACAUCGAUGAUGGUGGUAGGCAGGCUGCUGAUUCAGACUAUGAGGCUUGUGAAUCAUCAGAUGAGACCAUCGAUGGUGGCACAAAAUCUCUGGAGUUACUGGAUGAAAGAGAUGGCAAUCAUAGCUCUGCUAAUUCCUCUACACAAUUCAACACUCCAGAGAAUUCUUCUGAGAACUUCAAAGAAAGUGAGGCAAUUUUUAAAGAUGCAAUUGAAAGACCAAUUACUGAUGAUGUUGAGGAAGAAAUUAAUCCUCAUGGUGCACAUAAUUCACAUUCUUCAGAAAGCUCAAGCAUACAUUCAAAGUCAGAUGAUGAUGCAGCCACAGAUGAUGGUCUCAUUGAAGAGAGUGGGAUAAGCAAAGACAAAUUUGAGUUUCUUCUAGAGGUUCUACAGGAACAGCAUCGUCAGCAGGUGGCUUUACAAAAGGAGCAACAGGAGAAACAACUUACAUUCCUCUCUAUGCAGAUAAAUGAGUUACUCAUGCCAUCUGAUGAACCAGUAAGAGCUCUGCCAUACUCUCAAAGCAAUGAAAGACUUUCUUCUGCUAAUCCUGUUGGUGAUAAUUUUCCACAAGAGUUUUUGCAGCACUCCCCUGGAGAAGGUACAUUAGAUGUUUUAGAGGAAUCUUUAUCAGGUUAUCACAAGGAAGAUCCUGAAUUCAUUGGAUCUGCCAAAGUCUCUGACCAAAUAUUGAUGACAGGUACUUCAGAGUCAUUGUCUGCUUUACAGCAUCAUUUCUUAGGGCAGCAGCAGAAUAUUCAAAGAGAGUAUGAUCGACAUCUAGAAGACUUACAGAAGCAGUGGAUAAAACUGCAUGAACAACAGACUCAACAACAGCAACUACUAAACGGUGCCAUGACAAAGCAAAUGCAGAGAUUGGAAGAGGCAAACAACGUGGAAGGAGACCAACAGAUGAGGGAAAAACAUAGAACUCCCAUGAAAGAGGAUGACGACAACAGCACAGUAUAUUCAAAUUUCUCCUACUGGAGACAUGAUGAUACUUACCGCCCUUUACCAAAAACUCAUACAAGACAGGAUUACACAGCUUUUCUGGAUGAUACUGAAGACCCAUUGCAAAUGGCGCCUUCUGUGGGGUCAGCGGAUGUUGAUAGCCAAUCUUCUCAGAGACUUGAUUUGAAAGAGAAACAUGCUCGUCAUAUCACUGACCUCAAGGACUUCUACGAGAAUGAAAUAUGCGAACUGAAACAGCAGCUCCAUGACAGUUUAGCGAAAACAGUUGGACCACCACAGAAUGGCUGGCAAGAGGUUAAUGAGAGACUACAACAAAAAUGUCACCAACUGGAGGCAGCAUUGAAACUCUCUAGCAAUCGUAUUGAAGAUUUAGAAGCCACAGUUAAAACACUUGAUACACGAUUGGUUGAUUGGCCAAAGAAAUAUGAAGUAGCCAUGGAUACGAUUACAAUUCUGGAGAAACAAGUAAAAAGCUUGGAUGUGCUUUGUGCUGAGAAGGACGCAGAGCUGAAGAAUUCAGAGAAAACAGUUGAUGAACUUAAGCUGUAUUUACACCAGGCCUAUGAGCUACAGGAUGUGAAAGCGCUAGUUGGGGGGGAAAACAACAGCAUGUUUAACACAGUGAUGAAAGAAUAUGAGUAUGUAAAUAAUGACCUGAUUAUGCAAACAGAUCAGUUGAACAAAUCAGAGAAUGAAUUGUACGAGGCCAAGUCGGAAGUAAUUGAUUUGAAAAGUGCCCUGGCAAAAUUACAGAUGGAUGUUGAAAGGCUACAACAUGAGAAUGCUUUUUUGAAAGGCAGAGCAGAAGUUGAGGGCGGUGUUAAUAGAAGCUUACCGAAUCAUUCAAGCAUACAGUCAAGUCAGAAUGGUUCUGAACGCAGGCAAUUCCAGGAACAAGAUUCUAGGCCCACAUACAACCAGGAUACAAAUGCUUUGUCAACAAGAGGGUUUAGCCCCAAAGAUGUGACACAUCUAAGCCAGCCAAAGACCCAUGUUCCUUCGCCUAGAGGGCCUAGCCCCAAAGCCAAUGCACAGCCAAGCCAACCAAAACCUCAUGUGCCAUCAGUAGAGGAGCGUAAAUUCUUGAGAUCUGGAGCUGACUUCAAUCUGUUCAAUGGGGAGAUAAGGCAUUCAUCAGAUACGGAAAAAGAUUCAGAUAAAAUGCAAUCUGAAACUGAAAGUGGUAUUUAUCGGCUGGAUGAUUCUGAUCUGGAUGCAUCACUGAAUCGCAGUGGAUUGUUUGCAUCCAUGCGUAGCACGCUACAUCCGCCUCCAUUUGACUCUGAUCUGGACGAGCGACCUAUCUCACCAAUGAUGAAAGCUGCUGCUCAAUUUAAUCGCUGGAAACAGCAUGAGGAGUUGGAAAGAUCCCAGUCACAGGCAUUCUUAUCUAAUCAGCUGGAAAACAGUUUUAAAUCUCAUGAUGCACAAAGGUCAGAAGUGGGAUUAGGGAAACAUGAAAGGUCAAACAACCAAUCUAGACAAGCUGUGAAAGACAAUGAAUCUGAAAGUUCUGCAUCGUUUCAUAGUCUAGACAUUGGCGCAAAACAUAAAGGCAAUGAGUACUUUCCACUUUCCGCAAAUAAACAUCCGAAACAAGGAGCAGGCUUAGCGAGAGAUCAUCUACAGCAUUUGAGAGAUUAUGAUUUGAAUAAACUUCACAAAUUACAAUCAGAAAGAAAACCUAAGUUGUCCCAAACAUCCCCAAAACCAUGGUCAAGAAACAUCAUGUCUGCUGGUAGCAGAAGAAGUCCAAGGCGGUCAGAGAAUUCAAAGACACCAAGAAGACUAUUUGGUCAAGGAUCACCAAAUGCAUCUUCACAUUUAAAACAAACACAGUCGCCUCGCUCCAGAGCGAAAGAUAAAUCACCAAGAAGCUCUCUCACUGAUAACCUUACAUCACCAUAUUCUCCGCCAAGAACAAAGAGAUCCUUCUCACCCAAGAACUCUCCACAUCGACCGAAGUCAUCGACCCCUAAGAACAACUACAGCAUGAGGCAAUCUGUGUUAGUAUCAAGCUCAUCAAGAGGUAGUACUCCAACUAAACGCACCCCACCUAGACACCCUUUUAACCCUAAGUCAGACAUUUCACCUAAGUUUAAAGGGGUCCUAGAUAGAGACAGUCAAACCACUACAAGAUUUAAUGUGUCAUUAGAUGAGACACCCACCAAGGAUGUUGGCAGCAUGCCAAGAAAAAAAUGGAACACAGAUGCUAAUAGUAUUUUAACAACAUUGGAUCAAUUAUCUGGGGACAUGAGCAGGACAGGAUCAGAGGAGCCUAAAAUCAUGUCAGCCAAUCCAAAACAAGUAAAACCAAGCAAUGAGAAUUUAUCAAGAAAUGUGCGGUCGUCAGUAGAAGAGAGACUGCGCAGUCUAUCAGCUGUGGAGAAGAGAUUUGAUUUUUUGACCAAAGAAAAAGUUGAAAUUGAAUCUGCCUUAAGUCGUCUACCUGCAUCGAGUCGUAUGUCUCGGCAAGCACGGGAGAACGAGCAGCAGCUGGAGACACGUUAUGACGAGGUGGUAAAAGAACUUGGCUCCGUACGUAUGCUGCUUCGAAAGUACAACAUUUUGAAGUCCUCCACGUGACGGAGUAUGAAGCACUACGAUGUUAAAUGGAUUGGAGCUGGUAUUGUAGCUUGUGAGAGCAAAGUAACAUAGGAGAAUGGUAUACCUAUUUGUGAGUGCAGUGGGCAACAUAAGGGGAAUGCUAUACCUAUUUUUGAAUGCAGUGGGCAACAUAAGGGGAAUGGUAUACCUAUUUUUGAGUGCAGUGGGCAACAUAAGGGGAAUGGUAUACUUAUUUGUGAGUGCAGUGUAAGCUAUGGUGUUGCGGUUAUAAGUUAAAGUAGCAGAGUAAGUAAUGGGUUUAUGAUCAAAGUUAGGGCCAGGUGACUGAUGUGACAGUAGCUUGUAACAUUGUUACAGGAAUGCUUGAGAGGGGGAAAUUCAUAUUAUAUUAUUUUAUUCAACCUAAAUUAUUGAUGGUCAGCAUCAAAGCAAUUGAUUGAUUGUGAUUAUGAAUUAACUAUAUUUCUAAAUGUAUACAAAUUAUUUUUUAACUCAAUUCGAUCAUUGUUGGUUACUAUCCAAUAUGACUAAUAUAUGGAUUUAAAUUGCUAAAACGAAGUUUGAGAGAUGUUGCCAGAUAUUAUUAACACCUUAGUGAAUCUGGGACUCAUAUAGUCAUCCAAUUGAAAACCCAUAAUAUUUAAAAUUUUUCUUUAUUAAUUUUUUACUUGGCUGAACCAUAAGGAUGUGUAUAUAAAAGUUAUUUAUAACUGUUUGAAAUUAUAAAUGACACGGAGUGGUGUGUACUUUUUAAUUUGUUGGCACCAGUCAGUAAAAUUCAAUUUGAAGAAGUUGUAAAUAUUUCAUCUCUUGCCUUCUGUUCCCCCAUUAUGAUUUUAAAAAGAAAAGGGUAUCUAUAAACAUAUUUUUACAAGUACUUUUGGGCAGUUUGUUAUUCUAUGCAAGUAUAAAUUUUUUGAGCUAAACUCCCACCAGGUAAAAAUGUUCAUAGUAGAGAGUGAUUUUCAUAUAGAAAACCAUAUAAUUUUUUAAAAACUACAUCCCAACUACUGAUUUAUACAUAUUCAAUCUGCAUGAGAAAACAAAAAUUUAUUUUAUGCAGUAACAGCAAGAUUGCCUUGCGCUCUCAACCAUAAGGUAUGGGGUUUGAAUCCUACAUUGACAAAAUUACCUCCGCCGUGAAGCAGGGUAUUUCUUUCCACACAGGAGUACAAAUUGUUUAUUUAUUUUAUAAAGGGUACCUGGAAGAAGGGUAGUGUUUCGAAUUUGAAUGUAUUUAAUAUGCUGAAUAUUAUGCAAGGCUUUUAAUACUUUCCAUGAAGUAGAAGAAUUUACACAUUGUGUAUCGUUACUGCAAUUUCUGAGGUCCUAAGUUGGAAGUAGGAACUUCCAAGAUAUCUGGUUAAAUGAGGAUUUAACAUGUCUAAUUUAAUUUUUUGGGGCAUGGUGAUAAACAUUGACAGUUGACAUCAUUAUGAUUAUCAAAAGUAAAAUCAUGCAAACAUGAAUUUGCUUGAGAUGGCUUAGUUUCCGAGAGAUUUUACUUGCUCGUAGGAGUAGGAAGCAGUCCAUUUCCAGGAGAAUCCCAGGGAGACUUUGGAUCCCUGCCAUUCCCAAUAAGCAGUGAUAAUGUCAAAACACUUAAACGACAUAAAAAUUCCGAAAAUGUUCAUUAUUAUUACUACUACUAUUGUAGUUAAUAGUAUAUUGAAAAAAAAAGAAUUAAUUACCAAUACUUUACUGUGGCAGUGUGUGAAAUAAUUUGAUGUUUUAUUUUAUUUUAAUAGGUUGUGUGUAAUUGUCGUGUAUUAAUUUGAUUGAAUUUUUUGACUAAUUUGAUAUGUAUUGAUAGAAAUAUAUUUGUUACAGAGUUUAUUGUAGAUUUAUAUAUAAUUAAAAUUGAUUUUCAUGAGUCGUUGAUCAAAUUUAAAUUACCUAAGAAUUAUUCCUGGAUUUUUCCAGCAUAAUGUCAUCUGACGAAAUGUACAAUAUUAUAGAAGGUGUUAUAUUUCAUUAAAAGGUAUGACUCGCA